UUUAUAUGGUUAUAAUCAGAGACGCUAAAGUCCCUUUAAUUCAUCCCCCGUUGUUUAUGGGUUGUCAUUUCAAUACAGAGGACAUGCAGUGUCGCUGCAUACAUGUCCACUCAGCAUAUUCAUAGUGUUGUCCACAGUUACUUUAGGAUGUUUUUUUUUUUCUAACCGAUAAUAGAGACAAUACAAGGAAAUGGGAAGAGGCUUCUGAAUGGGCUAAGAUUCCAGAGGUUUCCCAGAACACGCAUGCACUUCGGUGUGGCUGGAGAGCUGAAGAGAAAAAAGCUUUUUUUAAUGAGAUUAGAUUAAAAGUUCCACAGCUGGGUCAACAACGUCUUUGAACUGGCUGACGGGAACCUGAGAUAAUGGCCGAAGUUAUUCCCCUCAGAGAGAAAAAACAGAAGACUCUCCCGCGGACCGAUGGGUGUGGUCUCUCUAACCCUGAAGCUUUGGACUUAUCUGGCGGUUUGAGAAUAGUCUUGGUGGGCAAGACCGGAUCAGGGAAGAGUGCGUCCGGGAACACCAUCCUGGGGAGGGCGGCCUUCAAGGAGGACCCCAGCUCGGUGUCGGUGACCCAGCACUGCGACACGGCCCGCGGGGAGGUGGACGGCACGGUGGUGCAGGUCAUCGACACCCCGGGGCUGUUCGACACGGCCGUGACGCAGGAGGAGGUCAAGGCCAAAAUAGAGGAGUGCGUCCAGAUGUCGGUGCCGGGGCCCCACGCCUUCCUGCUGGUGAUCAGGCUGGGGGUGAGGUUCACGGAGGAGGAGCGCAACGCCGUCAAGUGGAUCCAGGAGAACUUUGGAGACGACGCCUCCAUGUACACCAUCAUGCUGUUCACGUGCAAAGACCAGGCCAAGGCGGACAACGCGCUGAAGGAGUGCAAGGAGCUGCGGCGGCUCUCCAUCACGUUCGGACGGCGGUACCACGCCUUCAACAACAACGACCCCAAGGACCGCCUGCAGGUCACGGAGCUCAUCACCAUGAUCCGGGAGAUGGUGCAGGAGAACGGCGGGAAGCACUACACCAACGAGAUGUACGAGAAGGCCCAGCGCAAGCUGCGGGAGGAGGAGGAGCGCAAGACGCAAGAGGAGCAGCAGAAGAAAGAGGAGGAGAGGAAGGUGUGGGACGAGGAGAGGGAGAAGAUGAAGAUGGAGAGGGAGAAGAAGAAAAGGCUCAGGAAAAAGACCAUCGGCAUGGCCUGCGCCUCCGCCGUGGUGUUGGUGUUGGUGGGGGCCGCCAUAGCGAUCGGCGCCGAGACGACGGUGGCCCUGGCCCUGGGAGCGCCCACCCUAGUGCUGGGGGCGGCCUGUGGUCUGGCUGCCGUUUACAUCUGGAAAAGACGAAGCGGCAAAUCCAAGGUUGUGGUUUUGCCGGUGUAUGCCCCGCAGGCAUGUGACGGCAUGUUGGUCCAUUGAUUCUGCGUGACAGUUUGAUUAAAGUAUUAUUCUGAAUGAAGUAGCCCACUUUUGGGUGUAUUUAUUGUGAAACUGAGCUAUAUUCUCCAACACUGUCAUUAUACACCACAAUAUUACCAAGAAUGUAAAAACAAGGGUUUUCAAUGUAUUGUUGUUGAUUUUUUAUCCCAUUCGCAGCACCCUACUGUUAAUAUGAUUUAUUUUCUUAAAUGGCUUGAACAAGAUCCAUGCUUCUUCAACUUUUUUAUGGAUUCCCUUAAUUAAACCAAAUUUUUGUGUUAACUCCAAGUAUUAAAUGUUACUGCAACUCCAUGAACUUUUGUGAAAGUUUUAGGUGUGAGAUACCAAGGUCAAAAGGUCAAAGGAAAGCCACAUUUUUUUACUCUGAUGUGUUCUUAUGGAAGAGCAGAAAUUUGAUGUCGUCUGCCGGGUGUAUUUUGAGCAUUUUGACCUCACUUCCUUCAAGGAAAUAAGAGACAAUGGUAUAUGAUUGCCCAGGGACCACAUUUAAAGGGGUUGGUUUUCAAAACAAUCACACACAUUCCUCCGAGCAUUAACUAUUGACUCCCAAAGGAUUCUAAAUAGUAGCUUUAAUCCAAGGAGAUAUGUAUUGCUGUACAUUUAUGUUUAACAAGUGAAAUAUAAAAUGAAACAUGACAAAACUAAAAUACCGCCACCUUUCCAUCACUAAAAAAACAAGUGGGUUGGUCUUGGGCAUGAAACCCCCGGGUUGGAAAUUGUCUCCACUCCGGCCCUUACCAGACCUGUAGCUUUUUGCGUUCUUUUGAGACUUGCUUUCCUCCGAGCCUCUUGGCAUAGCUCGUUGGUGAAGUGACUUUUAUUGAACUCAACCAUCUCUACAAUUCUUUCAAAAGGCAACGGCAUCCACACCUGUUCCCUGUUGUUGGUGUUUGUUAUAUCCAACACAAUGUAGCCAGCGUUGUAUUCUCCAACGACCUUGCCUCACCCCGGGAGCUUUUCUCCGCCGGGGGAAGGACGAUUGUGGAGGUCUACUUCGAUGCUUCCUCCCCAACAUUAGUCAUAGUCCAAACAAUGUUUGGUUUACAGUUGAAAUAACUUGAAAACUUCUUGAAAACACUUGAAUCUACUACAAAUCGAAAGGAAAAUGUGUUGUUUGAGUCUGUUUGCCUACCAAAAAACGACCUUAGGCAAGAUGUAAUGAGUUCACCAUUUGCAUUUAUUUAGCUUAUGGAACAGUAAUAGCAUAAACAUCCAAGAGUUGAAAGCGAGUUUAAACAUAUGUAUGUAUACAAUUUAACAAAUAUGCACCAUGAUACAUCAUAUAGAGAGGUAAAAUAUAAUAAUACAAGUUCUGACUAUCUGACAAGAAGGCCAUAACAAAAUAGCACUACUAAUAAGUCUCUAUCACAGAGAACAGUGAAGCAACAACAACAACAAUCCCUCGC